AUGAUUGUAAGGGAGGAAGAGCAUAUCAAAUACUUCAAGUUCCUUAAUUGCUGGGCUGAUCAGCCUAAAUUCCUGGACAUAGUAAGGACCUGCUGGGAAAGGACUGUAGAGGGCAACAAUAUGUGGAAAUUCCACCAGAAAUUGAAAAGAUUGUCUAACACCCUUAGUCACUGGUCGAGAAAGGAAUUUGGGGACAUCUUCAAUAAAGUCAAAGAGUAUGAAGAAAAAGUCAGAACUGCAGAGGAGAGCUUAAUUCACGAGCAUAGUGACACCAACAGAGCUAAACUCCAUGAACUCAAUGCAAAGUACAUCAGAUUCUUGAAGGUUGAAGAUUCCAUUUUGAAACAGAAGACUCAGUUACAGUGGUUCAAAGAGGGGGAUAGUAACACAAAAUACUUCCACACUCUGAUAAGGGGAAGAAGAAGAAAAUUAUUCAUUCACAAACUUAGAAGGAGUGAUGGGGAUUUGAUACAGGGAGACGAUAAUAUUGCUGAAGCAGCCUGUGAGCAUUUUCAGGAAAUAUUUACAGGGGAAAGCAACCUGAUCAAUGAGAGGGCAUUGGAGUGCAUCCCCAGGAUAGUCACUCAAGAACAAAAUAGCAGCCUAACUACAAUGCCUAAUCUGGAAGAGUUGAAGGAAGUAAUCUUCUCUAUGAAUCCUAACUCUGCAGCUGGUCCGGAUGGGAUGAAUGGAUAUUUCUUUCAAAAAUGUUGGAAUAUCAUUAAGCAUGACCUCCUUGAUGUCAUCCAUGCCUUCUUUUGUGGUCAAAUGAUUCCCAAAUAUAUGUCUCACUCUUGCAUCGUGCUCCUCCCCAAGGUGAGUAACCCAAUAAACUCACAGAAUUCAGGCCUAUCAGUCUUAGCAAUUUCACUAGCAAGAUCAUUUCUAAAAUAG